CUGACGCCGCCGACGCCACCGCCCAGGGUCAAGAUGGCGGCGCCCGCGGUUGUCCGGGCCUUGAGGGCUCUGCCCCACAUCCGCCCUGUCCCCGAUGGCACCCGGCACCUGCACAGCACCCCCCCUGCCUCAAGGCUCGUGCCGGGCGGGUGCGCGUGGGGGAAGGGGGACAAGGCAGUGACGUACGAGCAGGCCCAUGGGCCCCACCACAUCGGGCACCGCAAGGGGUGGCUCUCGCUGCACACCGGGAACCUGUGCUCGGAGGGGGGCGCCGCCGAGCGCGCUCUCGAGGACGCCUUCGCGCGCCGCUUCCUGCGCGGGACCUUCCCGGGCGCGCUCCUGGCCCCGCCCCUGCUGCGCCGGCGCGGGCGCGCGCUCGUGGUGAGCGCGGUGGUGGCGCGCGCGCUCCCGGCGCCGCAGCUCCUGUUCCUGCAGGGCUGGGCCGAGGCGCUGCUGAGCGCCCUCUACCGGAGCCCCGUGCGCAUCGAGCUCCUGGCCCUGCCCGCGCCGCCCGUCUACAAACACAUCUGA